UUUUAAGUAAAAAGCAGGACUAAAAGUAGUGGUAGUGGUAGUCAAUCAACUUUUUUUUUAUCACUUAACGUCGGUUGCAUUUUAUUUAAAAUCGGUCACUAUGGAUGGAUUCAAUUUUUGGGCUUACCGACAGUUACUUACAUUUACCUUCGGCUUGUAAACGUCACAAAAAUUUGCCGACGGUUUGUUCCUUUGCCGACGGACACUAUUGAUCGUCGAAAAUCUUUAAUCAUUGUGCAACCGAUCUUAAGUAAUCUUUUGAAAAAUUAUAGCGAGAAGAGUCAUACAGGGGUAUCCCAGAUAGAUUCGAUUGCGGGCAAGUUCAGUAGCAAGUUGUGAAUCAGUUUCUACCAGCACUGUGCGACAUCCCUUUCUAAGCGAUUUAAACAACCAAUCAAUUCAACAAAAUAGUAAUAAAAAUAAUCCGAUAAAGGAGUUUAAUAAUUUAGAACAAUUGAACAGACACAAAUGAAUCAAUCAGGAACAUCAAACAAUCUGAAAAGCUUUGGAGCAAAACAAAUUAAAAUAUGAAUACCAUGAGAUCAUGGCGUUCACUUCAAGUACAUCCGAAACAUUUCUUUUUUCAUCUCAUAUAUGGUAACUUGGUGUCAAUACUCCAUAAGAGACCUAGAACUUAGCUUGGAGUCGGUCCACAACUCGUUUGUCAACUUGGAAUGCCUUAGAAAGAAGGUCAUCAGAAAUGUCAGGCUUGGAUCCAAAAACGGCAUUAGCAAUGGUGAUGACUCCGGGAUUCUGGCUGCUCAAUCCCGCAAUUGCUACAACAUUUCCAUGCCCAACAUUGCGUUGGUAGUGUAUCAACCCGAUCGGGAAAACAAACACAUCUCCCUGUAGUGAUCUCUAAUUAUUGUAUUAAUAAUUUAGGGGUCAUUUUGUAAUUGCCCACUCUCCACGUUGCAUGUGAUUAGGAGAGUUAGGGCUAGGGUUUGUUUCUUUAAGUACUUCGGCUAGGCAGCAGCUGAACUGUAAUAGUGAACCAAGGAAGAAUAAUAAUUUUCAGCCCAAGAGCCUCAAGCUCUCCGUAGAGUAGUCCCGUUCAUCUCGAACGGGGAAACCACAUAAAUCGUGUGUUGUCCUUUUCGCUUCUUUACCGUUCAUCAACUUUUACAUGGUAUCGGAGCUGGUCUAAUUCGACCUAGCUUUCAUUAUGUCCGACGACGAGAGCUCAAAGACGUCGGAUUCGAAGCUCAAGUGGGUAGCCUCCGUGUCCAUGCCGUUGCCGCCGCAUCUUCUCCUUCACCCGUCCGACAACCCUAGUCAUCUUUAUGUGGGCGAGCUACUCAGCGACAUCAAUUACGGUGAGUGGCUAGUGGAUUUCACCGACUCACUCAUCGCGAAGAACAAGCUAUGCUUCGUGGAUGGAAGCCUUCCCCCGGCGCAAUCUCCUGCUGAAACCGAGGCGUUGAGGCAAUGCAACAUGAUGGUCAAGGGUUGACUCAAGACCUCCAUGACGAAGGAAGUACGCAGCAGCGUGCGGUUUGCCUCUACGACGCGAGAGAUUUGGGUUGAUUUACAAUCGCGAUUCGGCCAAAGUAGUGCGCCGCGAUUGUACGAACUCAAAGGGACGAUCAUCUCUCUUCAGCAAGAAAAAUCUUCAGUUUCA